GCAGUGUGGGUUGGAGGACCGACUGGUGCCCCGCCCCGUCGCGGUGACUCGGCACUUUCUCCUGGGCCGCGGCUGUGGAGGACACAGAACCGCAGAGAAUAACAUCACCUUCCUCCCAAACAGGUCACCCAACAGCCUGUUCCCUUCCGGGGAGCUUCCUAGGACAGGCACCUGCCCGUGACCGAAGCCAUGACGGAAGCGCUCCCCAAGCUUCGGGAAGAGUUUAGGAUGCAGAAUAAGUCAGUGUUUAUUCUGGGCGCCAGCGGGGAAACCGGCCAAGUGCUCCUGAAAGAAAUCUUGGAUCAACGCCUGUUUUCCAAAGUCACACUCAUUGGCCGGAGGACGCUCCCCUUCCAGGACGAAGCUUAUAAAAAUGUGAACCAAGAAGUGGUGGACUUUGAGAAGCUGGAUGACUAUGUGUCUGCCUUCCAAGGUCACGACGUUGGAUUCUGCUGCCUGGGCACCACCAGAAAAAAAGCCGGCGCGGAGGGAUUUGUUCGUGUUGACCGAGAUUAUGUGCUGAAGUCCGCAGAGCUGGCAAAAGCCGGAGGCUGCACACACUUCAACUUGCUGUCCUCUAAAGGGGCCGAUAAGUCAAGCAGUUUUCUGUACCUGCAAGUGAAGGGAGAAGUGGAAGCCAGGGUUGAAGAACUAAAGUUUGAUCGUUACUCCAUAUUUAGGCCUGGCGUCCUCCUAUGUGACAGGCAGGAGUCUCGCCCCAGUGAAUGGUUGGUCAGGAAGAUCUUUGGCUCCUUACCAGAGUCCUGGGCCAGUGCACACUCGGUGCCCGUGGUGACGGUGGUGAGAGCCAUGCUGAACAACGCAGUGAGGCCCCAAGUCCCCGAGAAGACCGAGCUUCUUGACAACAAGGCCAUCUACGCCCUGGGCAAAGCCGACGAUGCUCUCAGACCGUAGCUGUGGCAGGACUCUCAAGAACGUGCUUUUAACUGCAAGCUUUCACUCUGUUGCUUCGCUAGUCUCAGCCUCCUGUCACCCACCAAUCCAGAAGUGACUGUGCCCAUCCUCAGUGGUUUCAAGCCUUGAACACCCACACACACACACACACUUCACCCCACCCGUGGGAGCUUCUGAAAAAGCAUUCAGGACCCCCUGCCUCAAGCCUUUGGAAUCAGAAUUUCUGGGGCCUGAGCGUAGGAAUUUGUUUUGUUAGGUUUCUCCUGAUGGUUUUGAUGUCACUGUUGGGAAAUCAGCUUUGGAAACACUUGUCUGCAGAACCCCAGUGUAACUGUGAAUCUGUGUUCACAUUGCGGACAUUCACAUCUCUGAGGUGGCCCAGUGCUAACUUUUUAACUGUGUAAAUAAACAUUAUGCCUUUA